AUGUCCGACCGCUGCCUGACGCACAACGAGCGGCUGGCUCGCCACAUGGAGCGUGCGUCGCCAGGGCGCUUCGCAGAAUUCUGCGCCGCCCUGCGACGCUACCCGCUGCCGGUCACAAGCGGCGCGGCAGCCACGGUGCUGCGUGGCGGCUCUGCGGAUGCCGUGAGGGCGGUCGACGCGUACUGCUGCGCACCGCAGCAGCGCCGCCAAGCACCCGCGUGCGGUGGCACUGAAGUGGACGUGACAUCGCCCCCGCCCGGUCCGUCAGGGGGCAAUGACCGCACGGCGGCAGUCCCCUCGCCGUUCCGCUGCCUUAAGCUGCGGCGCCUGGAGGGCGGUGCGUCGCUGCCGUGGCCGCUGCGGCGAGGCGGGAGCGCCGACGGCAGCGCUCUCCGCGCGGACGACAGCGACUUUCUUUUCACGCUGCUGGGCCCGUCGUGCCCGCCUGGCGGGGAACUUCGCACGGGUUGCUUGUCGCCGCCGGUCACUCGCCGCGGCGCCGGCGCCCAGCCGAUGGUGCAGCAGCUCGGCCUGAGGGAGGCACGGUCGAGGUGCGCCUCCCUCGGCCUCCUCACAGCCGGCACAAAGAAGGUCCUCCUCGCCCGGCUGCGCCGGCACGACGUUGCGCAGCGGGCAGGGCCGCCGGCACAGCCGGAGCGGGUCGGCGGGGUGCAGCCACAGCAGCCGGUGGAGGGCGGGGGGGCUGGCGGCGCGCCGCCCAGGCGAUUCACAUCGACGCACGAGGAGCAGCUCGGGCACUCGCAGCGGCUGCGAACGCCGUUCCGAUCGCCAUCUGCCGGCCGCCAGCCGCCAUCGCCCUCGCCCUCCGGGGGGCAGCUGCAGGCACGCAGGCUCGUGGGCACCCCCCAAGAGUUCGUUGCCGCGCUAAUGCACGAGGCGAGGCGGGAGACCGGCGGUGGUGGGCCUCUGGCUCCCCUCGCUUCGGGGGAAACAGCCGUUCAGUGGCAGUGGCGGGUUCUUGUCGACAACCGAGAGCGCAUCCACGGGGCCCAUGAGAACGUGAUGAAGGCCUUCGCGACGGCCGGUGUUCCCGCCGCGUCCUGCACGCUUCCGUGCGGCGACUUCCUGCUUGGAAUCGACGUGCCCGGCGGAGCUUGUGGGAGCCACGGCACCCACCCAACCGCGCAAGAGAUGAGCAACCCCGGCGCCAUCCACCCAGCCGCAGCUGCAGUUGAGGGGGAGGAUGCCCCUGCGCGGAACCUCUUCCCCGUUGUGGUGGAGCGCAAAACAGUAAAGGAUCUCUGUGCAAGCAUUGCGACACCGCGCUACUAUGAGCAGCGGCGGCUACUUUCUGCCUCGCCGUUUCGGUCGGUGGUGUGGGUGGUGGAGGGGAGCACAGAACAGCUGCGCCCCGAUGAACGGCGUCGGGUCUUGUCGGCGUGCGCCUCGCUUGCGGUGGUGUCACGCUUCCGUGUGAUCCGCACACGCCACCUAAAGGACACCGUAUCUUGGUUGCACUCCCUCGGUGCCGCCUACGUUACGGCGCUGGCAAAAGCCGCGGGGGGUGACGCACGACGGCCGCAGCUGGCCGACUUUACGGCUUGCAUCAGCGUGGCCGCAAGGAUAAAGCGAGCACUACGCGCGCGCACCACCUUUCCCCGUAUGCUUAUGUGUGUUCGCGGAUGCUCCUCCGGGCUGGCAACACGACUUGCGUGCAAAUAUGGCUCCCUCCUGCAGCUGUGGAGGCGAUUGAGGCGUUACGGCCGUGAGGCGUGCGACGCGGACCUGGAAGUGCGCCGCCUGAGCAGCGCGCAGCGGGACGUGUACGUGCGGCUGACGGAGUUUCUCCUUGCGGAGGAGUACUGCUGA